GCGAUGUCGGCCCAUCUGCAGUGGAUGAUCGUUCGCAAUUGCUCCAGCUUCCUCCUCAAGCGGAACAAACAGACCUACAGCACCAAGCCGAACAACCUGAAGGCCCGGAACUCCUUCCGCUACAACGGGCUGAUCCAUGGCAAGAUGGUCGGCGUGGAGCCCGCGGCCGAUGGGAAGGGGGUCGUGGUGGUGCUGAAGAAACGGGCAGGCCAGCACAAGCCAGCCACGUCCUAUGAGAAGACGACCAUUAACAAGAACGCCCGGGCAACGCUCAACAGCCUGCGUCACAUCAUCCGCAAGAACAACUACCGCAAGGAUCUGCGCAUGGCCGCUCUGCGCCGCGCCAGCACCAUCCUGAGGAGCCAGAAGCCGGUGGUGGUGAAGAAGAAGAGAACCCGGGCUACCAAGACUGCGUGAAUGGCUAGCAGGUCCCAAUAAAGGGUUC